GGAGGAAGGAAGGGGUCCAUUCAGAGCUCCGAGGGGAGGUAAUUCGCCGGGAACAAGGGGCCGGCUUUGCAAAGUAUAAAUAGUGCCACUUCAAUCGCGGCGUCGCUAUCAGACCCCGGGAGCCCUGCACGUCGGGCGGCACGGCACGGCCCGGCCCGGCUCGGCACGGCCCGGGGCGCCGCCGCCACCUCCCCGCCCCGUGGAUGCCCGCCCGGGGAGCCGGGGCAGCGCGCCCCUGAGCCAUGGAGGAGCUGACGGCGUUUGUCUCCAAGUCGUUUGAUCCCAAAGCCAAGGAGAAGAAGGAGCUCAUCACCUACCGCGAGGUGCUGGAGAGCGGGCCCCUGCGCGGCGGCGGCGGCCCGCGGGAGCCCGGCGGGGCGGCGGCGGAGCCGGGCCGGGAGGACACGGGCAGCCCCGCGGCGCGGCCGGCCGGGCGCUCCCCGCAGCGGGAGCCCGACGCCGCCGCCGAGAGAGCGGCCGAGGCGGCCACCCCCAAGCUCAGCGACGUGUCCCCAGAGCUGAAGGAGCGCAAGGAGGAUGCGAAAGCGAUGGAAGACGAAGGGCAGACGAAAAUCAAGCAGAGGAGGAGCCGGACGAAUUUCACCCUGGAGCAGCUGAACGAGCUGGAAAGGCUUUUCGACGAGACCCACUACCCGGACGCGUUCAUGCGGGAGGAGCUGAGCCAGCGGCUGGGGCUCUCCGAGGCCAGGGUGCAGGUGUGGUUCCAGAACCGCCGAGCCAAGUGCCGAAAGCAGGAGAACCAACUGCACAAAGGGGUGCUGAUCGGCGCCGCCACCCAGUUCGAGGCCUGCCGGGUGGCUCCCUACGUGAACGUGGGCGCGCUGAGGAUGCCCUUCCAGCAGGUGCAGGCGCAGCUGCAGCUGGACAGCGCCGUGGCCCACGCGCACCAUCACCUGCACCCGCACCUGGCCCACGCCCCCUACAUGAUGUUCCCCGCGCCCCCCUUCGGGCUCCCGCUGGCCACCCUGGCCGAGUCCGCCUCCGCCGCCUCCGUGGUGGCCGCCGCCGCCGCCGCCAAGACCACCAGCAAGAAUUCCAGCAUCGCCGACCUCCGCCUGAAGGCCAAGAAACACGCCGCCGCCCUGGGGCUGUGACCGCGCUUCUUCUUUUUUUUUUUCUUUUUUUUUUUCUUUUUUUUUUUUUGGCAAGGAAAAAAAAAAGAAAAAAGGAAGAAAAAAAAAAAAAGGGGAAAAAGAGUUAAAAAGGAAAAAAAAAAAAGAAAGAAACGAGGGAGAGGAGAAACGGACGGGAGAUAUAUACUUAUUUAAGGAAUUAGAGGACGCGCAGCUGGGAAGUUCACAGGUUUUGAAACUGACCUUUUUCUGCGAAGUUCACUUUAAUACAAGAAAUUUGAUAAGAGAGGCGGGCCUCCUUUCACGUUGCAUCAGAUACUUGAGUUUAACAACCACGUCUGGAAUAGCGACAAAAAAGAAAAAAAAAGAAAAAAAAAAAAAAGAAGAGAGAAAGACGACGACGAACGGGAAAAAAAAUAAAAAAGACAAAAAAAAAAAAAAAAAAAAGGCAGUGAUUUCUCUGCGAAUUUCUAAUGGGAAACUGUCCGGGAUACUUCCUCCAGCAGCAUUCCGGGUUGCAUGUAUUUGUAUUUCAUUGAUGGAGUCCUUUGAUUCACUUGCACUUCACCCUCAUCUUUAGUAGCAAAAAAAACAAGACAACCACAAAACCAAACAAACAAAAGUGGCUGGGUUCUUUCUCCUUUAAUCUUGGAGGGAAGCAGGCAGAGAGAGGGAGAUCAAGCGCUACCUUUUCCACUCUUAAAUCUUUGUUGGUCGUUUGCUGUCCCACCUCUGAAAUAAAAAGGAGCGGAAAGCGCCUGGAGAGCGGAGUUUGCUUCCCUUUGCCGGGUCUCUCCUGUCCUGAGGGCAAAAGUAAAUGAAAAAAUAAGAAAGAAGGGAAAAAAAAAGAGAGAGUAUUUAAUUCCCAACCACCACUUGACACCACGGCAAAUUCCGAUAAGAGGUACUGGGUACAUGUAAAAUAUGUUGAUACACACGAACAAAGUUUAUUUUGGCUAUAACUUGUGAAUUGAUAGUUGACUGUCAAACAUUUACAUUUUAUCUCAUAAAGGUGUAUCUAUUCACGUAAUCUUGUGAUUUUUUUGGUUAUGAUUAUUAUUAUUUGAGAGACGUAUAGCUAUUUAACCUGGGGUACCCUGCAGUCAGUGAUUGUUAUCCCAGAUUUUGUCAUCAGACCCUCAUGCUUAUUGCCAAGACAGGGGGAAAGCUCUUCUACGCGAACUUUGGUAUGGACGGGCUUUGUAUCUAUUUGUUCUCCAUGAAAACAAAAUUAUUUAUAUUGACCAUAUUUUUUCUAGUGUAUUUUAAGUUAUUUAAAAAAGAAAAAAAAAAAAAAAGAAAGCAAGAUGCUGUUAUCUCAUUGCAUUUGUUGUCAGUACAAUAUAUUUUGUUUCACUCAGGUUUGCUUCACCUUUUUUAAUCCAUUUUCGACGUCACGAAUUUCAAUAAGUGCCAAGUAAUGAAUUUAAGACACUUUGCGACCUAUUGACUGAAGGGGGGACGGUUCGGGGGACGGUUCCAGCUCCCUGCCGGGACUGUCGGUGUCCAGCCAUCGGUGAUGUUCUUUCUUUUCCGUGUUCACACCUUCUGUAGCGCUCGCACGUUUCUUUCUGCUCCGUAGAUACCGCGACACGCCGAUAGCGCUCAGCACGACGAGGAAGCGCCGCUCGCCUCCGCGCAGCUUGUUUAGAGUUUCUUUUUUCCCCCACUUUCUCUGAGUUUUUCCCGAGUUUCGGCUGCACAAACCGGGACGCGGCGUUCGCGUUGGCUUUUCUGUGGCAGCCAAGCCGGCCGGCGGAAGCUCUAUAGCAAUUGUGUCUUUACGAGUUCUGUCAGGUUCCCUCAGGUAAUAAAAGCGAGGAAAGCGGAA